UCUUCUAAUACAUUUUUUAUCAUGUCUAUCACCACUUCUACUAUCAACGUUCGAGGAAACUUAUCUACAUCUGAUGAUAUCCCAUAUACCAAGUAUUUCGAGCUUUGCUCGUAUGAUAACUGGUCACUUCAUCACUACGUCUCCCUUAUAAUUGAUAAUUAUAAGUUCGCUAGAAAAGAUAGAACACACCAAGUAUUUUUUAUGACACUAGAAAGUAUUAAUAAGAAUUCAUCUAUAUCUCAAGACAUUCGGGAUAUUGCACAAAAUCUCAUAAAAAACAGAAAGCCAGGUACUUGUACCUAUUGGAUGCGCUCUAGUAGGAAUCAUGCAAGUACUGAAAUGGAUGC